CGCCCCGGCCGGCAGCCAUAUUGGUCCUUUGGCCCAAGUCUCUAGCUGUUUGAGCUUGAGCUGGUUAUCGCUCUAGACGCUGCCGAGUCUCUGGCCCUCUUUCUGCCCAGGCGGGCUGGCAAACAGCUCCCGGGACAUCCUGUGUGUGGCUUCAAGAUAAUGAUGAACUGAACUUCUAAGGAUUCUGAAACAAAAACUUCCACUAUUAACAAUGGCAGGAAAAUCGUCUCUUUUUAAAGUAAUUCUUCUUGGAGAUGGUGGAGUUGGCAAGAGUUCUCUUAUGAACAGAUAUGUCACCAAUAAAUUUGAUACCCAGCUCUUCCACACAAUAGGUGUGGAAUUUUUAAAUAAAGAUUUGGAGGUGGAUGGACAUUUUGUUACCAUGCAGAUUUGGGACACAGCUGGUCAAGAGCGGUUCCGGAGCCUGAGGACACCAUUUUACAGAGGUUCUGACUGUUGCCUGCUUACUUUUAGUGUCGACGAUUCACAAAGCUUCCAGAAUCUGAACAACUGGAAGAAGGAAUUCAUAUAUUAUGCAGAUGUGAAAGAGCCCGAAACCUUUCCUUUUGUGAUUUUGGGCAACAAGAUUGAUGUAAACGAACGGCAGGUGUCUACAGAAGAAGCCCAAGCCUGGUGCAAGGACAACGGCGACUAUCCUUACUUUGAAACAAGUGCAAAAGAUUCCACCAAUGUUGCUGCUGCCUUUGAGGAGGCAGUUCGAAGAGUUAUGGCUACGGAAGAUAAGUCAGAUCAUCUGAUUCAGACAGACACGGUCAAUCUUCACCGAAAGCCCAAGCCAAACUCAUCCUGCUGUUGAUGGCAUUAAAGAGAUGGUUGGUGCAUUUUUACACACAUGCACGCACAUCUCUCUCUCUCACACACACAUAUACACACGCGCGUGCACACACACACACACACACACACACAUGCACGCACACCACACAAACAAGGAGUGUGAAGAAAAUUAGUAUUUACAGCAGGGUUCAUCUACUAAUAAAAUUCAACUAAUGAAUAUUGCUGUCUCUUUAGUUGGUGGGAGAAGGGACACAUUCACUCUGGAGGUAUCUAUUUACUCAAUAAUGGCACCUUACAUUUAUAAAUUGUAAUGGUUGUCUAAUGUUUCUUUAAUUUAAAAUGUUAGCGCUAAUAAGAUGACCAAGAAUGAAUUAAAUUGUAAUUCAAACAAAAAUCUUGACUAUUCUAGAGUUACACUUAGAUUGUUUUUCCCCUACAAGAAAAUGGAGAAUUACUUUUAUAUGUGUAUAUUUUUAUGUAAUUAGUAUUCUAUUCUUGGUCCAGGGAAGUAAAUUCCUACAGCAAUACUAUUAAAGAUUAAAAUCUAAUGCAUUUCUUUAUGUUGCAAUGCUU